AUGUAUUUGCCUUUUCACCCGGCGUCACUACUUAUUUUGGCAGUAAGUAGGCGUGUAGACGGUGUUGCUAGCCCUAGGCUGCGAGAUAUUAAGCCUGAUCCAUUAGUCUCACCCCAAGUCCCAAUUGUGUUUGCCGGCCGUGUCUCCAAGGCCUUCUGGCGUCUCGGCAACUCGCCUAUCGUCACUCUCGUCUUGUCGCCAUGCCACCAGCUCUACAGACGGAGAGCAGCAGUGAAACAAGUGAUUGUGGCUGUGUUGAUAGGCCCGUCUGCAACUCGGUCUGCCGGUCAGUUCUGGGCCGGACUUUGUGCACGUGAGCAGUUGACGCCUGUUCUCAUCUCUUUUCGUCUCUUUUCGUCACUUUUCGUCUCUUUUCGUCGCUUUUCGUCUCUUUUCGUCUCUUUUCGUCUCUUUUCGUCUCUUCGUCUUUUCACUUUUAAUCUCGCCUGGUCUCUUUUCUUCUCUUCCCUGCUCUGCUCUGCUCGCCGAGACCGACUGAACCGGCCGAGGGAACAGACGAUGCCGCGACAAUCGAUGCUGCAAUGCAAGACCAGCCGAUCGACUGCGCAUAAAAGGGCCGGUUUUGUGCCCGUCAGGACGGCACAUCGGGUCUCCCGCACCGGACACUCGGACCCACUUCUGUCUUCGUCUGUGGCCGCGAUUGCAAUCACAGUCACAGCCUCAUUCACAAUCACAAUCACAAUCACAAAGGCAAUCGCAACCGUAAUUGCAAUUUGA